AUGGCGAUAGUCAGCGAUGCUUUGCGGCAGGCGUUCAUGCCGAAGCACGAGUACGAGAGCCUCCGCGAAGAGGAAAAGGCAUGGCACAGGAUGCAGAAGCCGCUGAUUCUGCUCGCGCUAGCCCUAGUUUCGCUUGCUAUUUCGGUUUCCACUGCGAUCACCUUCAGAAUAGUGUUUCCCGCCGACAAUCUGCGCCGGCCGUUCUGCCGCGACUUUCGGAUUCACCCGCUGCCAGUCAAUUUCACCGGGGACGGAGACUCGGAUCUUCUAACUAACGCGUUUGUUCUCACGGAUCAGGAGACGGUUGAUUACUACUGGAUGGUGAUGUUUCUUCCGUCCUCGAUGCUUUUCGCGGUUUCAGCGGUUUACUUGAUUGCUGGAAUCAUCGUUGCCUAUACUGCCCCCACACGAAAUGGAUGCUUGAAGGUUGUUGAGAACAAUUACUGUGCUUCUAGAAGAGGCGGUGUUAGAUGUCUAUCCAUACUGAAUCUCGUGUUUUCCAUCAUAUUUGGUCUUCUCGCACUAUUCCUUGGCUCCACUCUGCUCACACUUGGUAGCAGCUGCUCUUUGCCUCUGUUCUGGUGCUAUGAAAUCGCAUCAUGGGGCUUCGUCAUUUUGCACGGAGGAGCUGCCUUCUUUCUGAGAAGAAAGGCAGAAGUUGUUCUAGAUGAGAGGGAGACAGGUGGUAGAAACUUCGGGCUGGAGAUGCUUGAAGCAACCCCAACAGAAGUCACACCAGAAGUGGAGAGACGCGUCACUGAUGGUUUCAAAUCAUGGAUGGGUCCAUCUAUCCUAUCCUCAGACGACGAGGAUGAACUUGAUGAGUAUCUAGAAGUGCCAGACAUAGUGCAUUCGAGCUCUGCUCAUCAACGAGUCUGAUUCCAUCUCCCCAACGGCAUAAAGCUCUAUAUAUCCCCAUGACACCUAGUGCAUGGCGUUAUGUACACAUCAAAACCGUUGUAUAGUGCAGUAGAAAAGGACGCAGUACAAAAUUUU